ACUACAACAGCUUCUCCCACUAUAACCACGGCUGCCCCUACAACUACCACAGCUGCUCCCACUACAACCAUAGCCGCCCCUACAACCACAACAGCUUCUCCCACUACAACCACAGCUGCUCCCACUACAACCACAGCUGCCCCCACAACUACAACAGAGGCUCCUACAACAACCACAGCUGCACCUGCAACUACAACAGCUUCUCCCACUACAACCCCAGCUGCCCCUACAACUACCACAGCUGCUCCAACAACAACCAUAGCUGCUCCCACUACAAUCACAGGUGCUCUCACUACAACCACAGGUUUUCCCACUACUACCAUUGCUGCUCCCACUACAACCACAUAUUCUCUCACUACAACCACAGCUGCUCCCACUACAACCACAGCUGCCCCAACAACUACCACAGAGGCUCCAACAACAACCACAGCUGCACCUACAACUACAACUGCUCCCACUACAACCACAGCUGCCGCUACAACCACCACGGAGACUCCAACAGCUCCAACAUCUUCUCCCACUACAAACACAGCUGCUCCCACUACAACCACAGCUGUUCCCACUACAACCACAGCUUCUCCCACUACAACCACUGCUUCUCCCACUACAACCACUGCUUCUCCCACUACAACCACAGCUGCUCCCACUACAACCUCAGCUGCCCCCACAACUACAACAGAGGCUCCUACAACAACCACAGCUGCAUCUACAACUACAACAGCUUCUCCCACUACAACCACGGCUGCCCCUACAACUACCACAGCUGCUCCCACUACAACCAUAGCCGCCCCUACAACCACAACAGCUUCUCCCACUACAACCACAGCUGCUCCCACUACAACCACAGCUGCCCCCACAACUACAACAGAGGCUCCUACAACAACCACAGCUGCACCUGCAACUACAACAGCUUCUCCCACUACAACCCCAGCUGCCCCUACAACUACCACAGCUGCUCCAACAACAACCAUAGCUGCUCCCACUACAAUCACAGGUGCUCUCACUACAACCACAGGUUUUCCCACUACUACCAAUGCUGCUCCCACUACAACCACAUAUUCUCUCACUACAACCACAGCUGCUCCCACUACAACCACACCUGCCCCAACAACUACCACAGAGGCUCCAACAACAACCACAGCUGCACCUACAACUACAACUGCUCCCACUACAACCACAGCUGCCGCUACAACCACCACGGAGACUCCAACAGCUCCAACAUCUUCUCCCACUACAAACACAGCUGCUCCCACUACAACCACAGCUGUUCCCACUACAACCACAGCUUCUCCAACAACAACCACAGAUGCUCCCACUACAACCACUGCUUCUCCCACUACAACCACAGCUGCCCCUACAAGUACAACAGCUAGUCCGAUUACAACUGCAGCCCCCCAUACAACUACCACAGCUGCUCCCACUACAAUCACAGCUGCCCCUACAACUACCACAGCUGCUCACACUACAAGCACAGCUGCCCCUACAACCACCACAGCUUCUCCCACUACAACCACAGAUGCUCCCACUACAACCACAGCUGCUCCGACUACAACCACAGCUGCGCCAACCACCACCCCAGCUGCCCCUACAACCACCACAGCUGCUCCCACUACAACCACAGCUGCCCCCACAACUACAACAGAGGCUCCUACAACUACAUCAACUGCACCUACAACUACAACAGCUUCUCCCACUACAACCACAGCUGCCCCUACAACUACCACAGCUUCUCCCACUACAACCACAGCUGCUCCCACUACAACCUCAGCUGCCCCCACAACUACAACAGAGGCUCCUACAACAACCACAGCUGCAUCUACAACUACAACAGCUUCUCCCACUACAACCACGGCUGCCCCUACAACUACCACAGCUGCUCCCACUACAACCACAGCCACCCCUACAACCACAACAGCUUCUCCCACUACAACCACAGCUGCUCCCACUACAACCACAGCUGCCCCCACAACUACAACAGAGGCUCCUACAACAACCACAGCUGCACCUGCAACUACAACAGCUUCUCCCACUACAACCCCAGCUGCCCCUACAACUACCACAGCUGCUCCAACA